CAAUAUCAUCGCACAUCACUUGAUAACAUUGAAUUAUCUGUACCUGCUAGAUCGACUGCCCUGAUAGUUGGGCCUGGCGGUAGUUGGCAAAGCGUGCCUCCUGACACAAGGAAAUGGCCAAGAAGAAGUCGGGUGCAAAGAAGUCAGCUGCUGGGGCCCCGGCUGGUGCGAAUGCAGCUAUCGGGAGCUCGAGCACUUCUACCUCGCCGCUUGCUUUCGUCUUGACGGCACCAGCAGCUUUCUGGAAAGCUGUGAUCGAUGAGGAGUGCCCCGCUGAGCUUGAGGCGGACCUGGAGGCGACUCCUGAGCCAGCUUCUACGGCGGGCUCCAUCGCCGCCUCUGGCGCUGCUGACCUCCUGAAAUGGUUCGCCAAGGGUGUGGCGGCGCCGGAACCGGCGGCGGCGCGGCUGUUGUUUGCGGCCAGCCUGUCCAAGGACGAGCGCGCCGCCGUGCACAUCACCAUCACCAGCGCCGGCCUGGCCUCCGCCAUCGAGAGCCGCAGUGAGGGCGUGGGCGAGCAGCGGCAGCUGUCCAUCUACAAAAAGGGCGCGGCGCCGGCCAAGGCCGAGCCGCACAGCCCUGAGCUCCUGGAGCUGGCCGCCACGUUGUACAAGUGGGCCCGCGACGCAGGCCUGACCUCUUACAGCCGUGAUGAGAUUGCGGAGCAGCUGGCGGCGGCGCCCGACGGCGCCGGCCUGGCGGCGCCGCUGGCGGCGCUGUGGCGCACGCGCAGCAGCGAGCAGACCGACGUGGCGGCGCUGGCGGCGGCGGUGGCCAAGGACGACGGCGCAGCGGUGGCGGCGCUACUGCAAGCCAAGCCGAGCCUGGUGAACGCGGUGGACAGCGCCACGGGCCAACCGCCGCUGCACGCCGCGGCGCGCCUGGGCGCGGCGGCGGCCAUCAAGGCGCUGGUGGCCGCCGGCGCCAAGCUGGAGGAGAAGGACGCGCACAGCCGCACCGCGCUGCAGAUCUCCCGCACCUUCGAGCAGUGCGACGCCGAGGCGGCCCUGCUGCAGGCCGGCGCGCACGACCCGGAGGCCGGCCGCUUCCCGCUCAACAAGGCCGCGGCCGAGCUGGGCUCCAAGGUCGCCGCCGGCGCGGUGGAGGCGGCGGGCGCCGCGCACGCCGCCGCCGACAAGGCAAUUGCUGCCGCGACUGCCAAGGCAUCGGAGGCGGCCACGAAGGGCGCUGAGGCUGUAAAGGCGGCGGAGAAGGUUGUGGCUGCGCAGGCGGCGGCGGCGAAGCCGGCGGCAGAGAAAGCGGCGGCGGAGGCGGUUUCGGCCGUGAAGGCGGCGGCGGGCGAGGCGGCUAAGCCGGUGGCUGAAGCGGCGAAGGCCGUGGGGUCGGCGGCGACGGAUGCUUCCAGGGCGGCCGUGGGCACAGCGAAGGCGGCAGGGGAGGGCGCAGCGCAGGCGGCAGCCGACGCGUCGGCGGCUCUUGUGGGCGCGGUGAAAUCGGCGCAUGCCGAUGCCACCAAGGCCGCGGUGGGCGCCACCAAGGCUGCAGGGGAGGCCACCAAGGCCGCAGUCGACGCCACCAAGGCUGCAGGGGAGGCCACGACGAAGGCAGUGGCAGAAGCUUCCAACGCCGCGGCCGGGGCUGCCGCGGCGACGGGGCAGGCGGCAACCACGGCGGCUGCAAAUGUCACGAAGGCCGCCGCCGGGGCCGCCAAGGCUGCGGAGGAGACCCUGGCCAAAGCGGCUGUAGGCGCGGCGAAGGCGGCGGAGCAGGCGGCCGGCAAGGCUGAUGCUGCGAUUAAGACAGCAGUGGCCGAGGCGCCUAAGGUUGCCGAGGCCGCGGCGGCAGGUGCGGCGCACGCGGCCGCGGCGGGCGGCAACGCCGUCAAGGAGGCCGCCGCGAGCGCUGCGAAGGCGGUGGCGGGUGCGGCCAAGGCCGUGGCAAGCCAGGUGAAGGGCUUGGCUGUGGGCAGCGGCAACUGGGUGCGGAAGGAUGUGGGCUCGGCCGUCUACCUGGGAGCCACCGCGCUUGCGGCGGUGGUGGUGCUGGCCGUGAAGCGCCGGUGAACGAGGAUGCUUUCGCGGCGGCGUGGUUGCGGUUGUGGGAGCGGAGUCGCUUGCUCGAACGGUUCACAUAGGGAGGCAUUCCAGGCGCUUCUGUAUGGCUUGGUGAGUGGGUAAGGCGGCGAUGGCUGCAGGCCCAUUUCCUCGCGAGUUCAUGACCUGAGGUUCAACCUGGGUCGGCGGUUUACAUGAGUCGGCGUGGCAUGGCUUGCUAUCUGUUACAGCUGUGACGAGCGCUGGCGUGCUUUGCCGACAAGCAGGAUUGGCCAUGUGGCUGUGUGCAAUGAGCGGCAUUGCGGCUUGUGCCCUUCAUCUUUGACACAUGUACUUCAUUCCCUUGCAAUCGUGUCUGCGGGAGGAGUACUGCGCUGGGCUGCUAUGAUUGCGGGUUUACAGAGGGGAUAAUCCAAAGUGUGCAGCACGCCAAGCACACUACUAUGCUGAUGUUAGCGGUGUGCAUGACUGCGUGUCCCUCGCCCCUGAUGGCUGCUGGACGUUGUCGAGCCAGGUCGAGCGGUCGGCGGCAGGGGCGCAGGGUGUCGUGUCCAAGGUUCGAAGCUGGGGCGCCAGGAGCCUAAAGCACGAAACGAAUAAUGGCUUCUUGGCUGCAUCUGCGAUGCAAUUCGUGGGCGCACGCGUGUUUGGAAGUGUGGAACGUUGGCACCUUGGAGCAAGCUGCUUCGAGUCGUUGGCCCUGCAAGAUGUGGUGCUGCAAUGGCCCCUGGCCGGCUGGCCAUGCGGCCCAUGCUGUGCCUUGCGUUCAACAUGGUGGGGUGCGCAGCACGGAGGGAAACAGGCGCCGGGGGCCUGGGGCAAGGCCUGGGGGCAACCGUCAGUCUGUUAGCCUGCCAGAGCCUGCACUAGCCUGCAUGCGCGGUCAACAAUCCCAGCGGCCAUGUAGCAGAACAGCUCGUGACUCGUGCGCUCCAUUACCAUUAUGCCUCCAUAAAAAGACACAUCAACAUGCCACCAGGGCGUGCCUCCAAGGGUGUCGUCUUACAACAGGCGAUGGCUCUCCGACAGGUCAGCCGUCUCGUGGAGUCGUGGUGGACAGCCGUUGCAGCUGUACAACGCAAGCACUAUAGGCGGGUGGAGAGAGUACAUGCUGCCGGUCAGGAGCCGUAUGUCUCGAGCACAAGGCCACAAGCUGUGCACGACGGAGGCACGAAGGCGCGCAGCGCAUGCGCAGGGAUGGCAAGUCACACUUGCGGGGCCUGGGAGGGGCCUGGCGUGUCCGGCUCUGCGGCAAGCAAGACAGUGCCCCUUCACCAUGUAUCGAUAUCAAACUGGUC